AUGGCUUUUACUGUAAUCUCUGGUGGUGCAAAUGGUGUAGAUUUAGAAGCAGAAAAGUUAGCAAGACACUAUGGUUUGAAGAUCGAAGUUCUCAUUCCUCCUUGUCACCCCAGAAGAGCCUCCGUACAACCCUUAACGCAUCAACAAUUAGCUGAAGCUAUUCCUACAACAAGACAAGUAGCUGCUCGCCUCAACAAACAGUUAGAGAACCCUAUUAGUUUACAGUAUAUUCACCGAAAUUAUCAUGUGGUGAAACAGGCAGAUAUGGUGCUGGCGCUCACAUGCUUUCAACCUGAAAGUAACCUUUGCUUUGGAGGAACAGGAUGGGCGGUGGAAAUGGCCAAAGUCCUCAAAAAAGUCUUGUAUGUGUACGAUGUGCAACGAGACACUUGGUUUUGGUAUAACCCUGACCAAGAUUUGUUUUACGCGUGCGAUCAAAUGUCAGAAGAACAGUACACUUUACCCACUCUAGUGCAGAAAACCGCUAUUGUAGGCGUCAGGAAUGUGUACGAUUACCCCGGGACUGUCUUGGAAUUGCAAGAGACUUUUAAACGAAGUUUAAAUCUAACGAAACAAGAAUGCAAGGAUGUUAAGGAACUUUGUAACACAUUUAGUUUAUUGACACUUUAA